UUCUCGUCUGACAUUGAGUGUGUGUGCGUGUGAAGUGUGUGCGCGUGUGUCGCCUGACCGGAUAAUGACAAAAGUUUUCAAUGUGGCUUCAGUACAUCGUCAUUAAGCCUGCCCGUUAUUUUAUUGCAUCCAAGACGUGUCAAGGUUUAUUAUCACCUCCUUUUACUAGAGGGGAAAAAUCCUACAUAUUUGCCUGACCGCGCAGUGACAUCUGGAACUUUUGAUAAGCGACCCAUCGGCCUUCUUUUUGACAGUGGAGACAAGCACUUGGAGCCCGCUGAGCGGAUCGGGGUGCCGCCAUGGGAAACCGGGGGAUGGAAGACCUUAUUCCCCUCAUCAACAAGCUUCAGGACGCUUUCAGCUCCAUCGGCCAGAGUUGCAACUUGGAACUGCCCCAAAUAGCGGUCGUCGGCGGCCAGAGCGCGGGGAAGAGCUCCGUUCUGGAGAAUUUCGUUGGCAGAGAUUUCUUGCCCAGAGGGUCUGGUAUCGUCACCCGUCGUCCACUCAUCCUGCAACUCGUUAACAACAAAGCAGAGUAUGCAGAGUUCCUUCAUUGUAAGGGCCGUAAAUUUGUGGACUUUGACGAAGUCCGUCAGGAGAUUGAAGCAGAAACUGACCGGCUCACCGGAUCCAACAAGGGCAUUUCACCCAUCCCAAUCAACCUUCGAGUCUACUCCCCCCAUGUGUUAAACCUGACCCUGAUUGACCUGCCAGGAAUGACAAAAGUGGCUGUUGGAGACCAGCCUGUAGACAUUGAACACCAGAUUAGAGACAUGCUGCUUCAGUUCAUCACCAAGGAGAGCUGCCUCAUUCUGGCCGUCACUCCCGCAAAUACUGACCUGGCCAACUCAGAUGCCCUCAAGAUUGCCAAGGAGGUCGAUCCUCAGGGUUUGCGGACGAUUGGCGUGAUUACCAAGCUGGACUUGAUGGAUGAGGGGACUGAUGCUCGAGACAUUCUGGAAAACAAACUGCUUCCUCUUCGCAGGGGUUACAUUGGGGUGGUGAAUCGCAGUCAGAAGGACAUUGAUGGGAAGAAAGACAUCCGUGCUGCUUUGGCUGCUGAGCGCAAGUUCUUUUUGUCCCAUCCUGCAUACAGACAUUUUGCAGAGCGCAUGGGCACGCCACACCUGCAGAAGUCAUUGAAUCAGCAACUUACCAACCACAUCCGUGACACCCUGCCAGGGUUGCGCAGCAAGCUGCAAAGCCAGCUGCUCUCCCUUGAGAAAGAGGUUGAGGAAUACAAAAACUUUCGUCCUGAUGAUCCUACACGCAAAACCAAGGCGUUGCUUCAGAUGGUGCAGCAGUUUGGUGUGGACUUUGAGAAGUGCAUCGAAGGCUCGGGGGAUCAGGUGGAUACCUCCAACUUAUCUGGAGGAGCAAAGAUCAACCGCAUUUUUCACGAGCGUUUUCCUUUUGAGCUGGUGAAGAUGGAGUUUGAUGAGAAGGAGCUGAGGAAAGAGAUCAGUUACGCAAUCAAAAACAUCCAUGGCGUCAGGACAGGCCUGUUCACCCCAGACUUGGCGUUUGAGGCCAUAGUGAAAAAGCAGGUCAUUAAGCUGAAAGAACCGUGUCUGAAAUGCAUCGACAUGGUCAUCCAGGAGCUCAUCAACACAGUCAGGCAGUGCACUAAUAAGCUUGGAUCCUAUCCUCGCCUUAGAGAAGAGACUGAACGAAUUGUCACCACUUACAUCAGAGAGAGGGACAGCAAGACUAAAGACCAGGUGCUCCUGUUAAUUGACAUUGAACUCUCCUACAUCAACACGAAUCAUGAGGACUUCAUCGGGUUUGCCAAUGCGCAACAGAGGACGGCUGCGAAUGCCACCAAGAAAAGAGUCAUGCCGAACCAGGGAGAGAUUCUUGUUAUCCGUCGAGGCUGGUUGACAAUCAACAUUAGCAUCAUGAAGGGAGGCUCUAAGGACUACUGGUUCGUCCUCACUGCAGAGUCCCUUUCCUGGUACAAAGAUGAAGAAGAAAAGGAGAAGAAGUACAUGUUGCCACUUGACAACUUGAAGCUAAGAGAUGUGGAGAAGGGUUUCAUGUCCAGCAAACACGUCUUUGCCAUAUUCAACACUGAGCAGAGAAACGUGUACAAAGACCUGCGGCAGAUUGAGCUGGCGUGUGACACUCAGGAGGACGUUGACAGCUGGAAAGCCUCGUUCCUCCGAGCUGGUGUUUACCCUGAGAAAGACCAGACUGAAAAUGAAGAUGCGAUGAUUCCGAGCGACACCGUGUCUAUGGACCCGCAGUUGGAGCGGCAGGUGGAGACCAUUCGCAACCUGGUGGACUCGUAUAUCAGCAUUGUCAACAAGUCCAUCAGAGACCUCAUGCCCAAGACCAUUAUGCACCUCAUGAUUAACAAUGCAAAGGACUUCAUCCACUCUGAGCUGCUGGCUUACCUGUACUCAGCUGGGGACCAAAGCAGCCUAAUGGAAGAGUCUGCUGAGCAGGCUCAGAGGAGAGAUGAGCUGCUCAGGAUGUACCAUGCUCUGAAGGAAUCUCUGGUCAUUAUUGGUGACAUCAGUACCACCACUGUUUCAACCCCUGUGCCUCCACCGGUAGAUGACACCUGGAUCAAAGAGUCUUGUCCUCCUGCAGGAAUUCGCCCUGCUUCUGCAACAGCGCCCCCCCCAAACCGACCCCCGGCAGUCAGGGGACCCACACCUGGUCCUGCCCCACCGUUGAAUCCCUCACCGGCAUUCGGGGCUCCACCUGUCCCCACUCGACCUGGCCCACCGCCUGCCCAGCCCGGUUUUGAUCCAAACGUUCCGCUGAUUCCCUCCAGACCGGCACGUGUGCCUCCUGCGCUGCCGCCGGGCAUCCCAAGCAGAAGACCCCCGGCUGCUCCCAACAGACCCACCAUCAUACGUCCUUCAGAACCCUCCCUGCUUGAUUAGAAGCACACAUUCAACAUGCAUUUAGUUUACACUUUUAAAUUUCCAGUUAAGUACUUUUUACUUGCAGUUUGGAGGCAUACUGUUAUGACAUUUUGACAACGUGCACAAUGACUUUUGACAUGAUGCAAAGGGAGCAUUUUUAUGAGGCUUCUGGUUUAAGAUCAUUUUAUCUAUAUUGUUUAAUGUUAAAUUGUUUUUUUAUGGUUGAAAUUUUAUUUCCAAGGUAAUCACCAAGAAAGAGAUUUGUACAUGCUAAUGUUGCGUCUAAAAUCUUACCCACUUAGCAACUCAUGAUGUAAGCAGCACUUUUUGAUGAGUCGUUUCUCUGCACGUGUGGCAGAUCUACUAUUCGUAUAUUUUAAUGAACCAUUACAGUCAUUGUCCCUUAAUAUUUUUUGCUAAAUUACUUACAUAACCUAACUCAACAUCGUAAGACAUGAGUUCGUUAGGUUUUAUUAAAUCCUUUCUCUCCUCGUGCUCAACCUAUGUUGAAUUUUAAUCCUGCCUUGAAUUUUUGUGUAUCAUGAUUAUCACAUCCAAAGCCAUAAAUAUCAUUAUGAGUAAAA